AUGGCUGCUCACACCGGCAGCCGUUGCAACCCUUCGACGUCGACAACGAGGAGAGCGAGGCCGCUGGUGUCCUCCGCCGUGGCUCCCCGAAGGCCCUCGCCGACGAAGCCGACCAAUAAUGUGGCCGGGGACAGCAAGGCGAGGACCAGGCGCCGCGACAUGGAAGUGAGGAGGAAGAUGGAGGCGCUGAGGCGACUCGUGCCGAGUGGCGACGGCGACGGCGACGAGGUCGACGAGCUUCUCCUCCGCGCCGCCGGAUACAUCGCGCGGCUGCAGGCGCAGGUGACGGUGAUGCAGCUCAUGGUCGACGUGCUAGAGCACGCAUAA